GCUGCUCAUUGGCUGCCGCGCAGGGCGGGCGGAAGUUGGGCCGCUGCGCGCUCCUCUCAGCGGCAUGGCGGCACUGCCGCCACUGGGGCCGGGACUCGCUCUCGAUCCGGGGCUGGAGUCUGUCCUACGGGAGGCCCUGGCAGCUCUGGGCCGGGCUGGGGACGGGUUGGUGGUGUCGCUGGGAGCGGUACGCGCCGCUCUGGCUGCAGCGGGGGGCCCAGCCACCCUUGGGGAGCGGGAGCGGGCGCUCUUCGGCGCCUUCCUGCGCAGGCUGGUCUGGGCCCCUGGCGCGGCUCGGCCCGAGGGCCUGUGGCAGCGCUGCUUCCUGGAGGCCCCGCCCGGCCUUGUCCUCUGCGUCUUGCUGGAGGCCCUUGGCUCUGCGGGCUCUGGCCUUGACCCGCGGGAGGUAGUUGGGAUCCUGGAGCAGUUCCUGCAGCAGGGCCGGAUGUCAGCAUUACUGUGGGAGGUCUGUCAGCCGCAGGCACAGGCAGGCUGCUUGGAACUGCAGGGCGCCCUGCUCAACAAGAUCGUCUGUUUGCCCGAGCAUGUGAGCAAUAAACUCCAGGGGAAAAGCCCACCAGUGUUCUUCCCACAGAACUACUUCCCUUUCCUGGGUGAUGCAGUUCUCCAGGUGCUAGAGAAGAUCUCUGACUCUCUGCGGGGUGGCUUGGACUGCUCCAUCUCUUUUGUUUCUCAUGUCUUGGGGAAGGUGUGUGUUCAUGGAUGGCAAAAGGAAAUUCUGGGAGUUUUGGUGCCCCGCCUGACAGACCUCACCAAGUCAGACUGCAUCUGGCAGAGGAUAUGCUGGCAGUUGGUGGAAUGUGUGCCAGACCGCUGGAUGGAAGCAGUGGUCCUUGGUUUUGUGCAGAGAGCACCCGGGGCAGAUGUCUUGUCCAGAUUGCUGGGUAACCUGGUUGUGAAGAACAAGAAGGCUCAAUUUGUGGUGGCACAGAAGAUGCUGCUCUUGCAAUAUGGCCACACGACAGCAGUGCUGCAGAACCUCCUUGGCUACCUGGCCCUGGACAGCAGCCGGCGCCCCUUGUUGCUCAGAGUGCUGCAGGACCUGUUGGAGACCUGGAGCAGCAGCAGUGCUGUGAAACACUCCCCAGCUGAGCAGCAGCUGUACAUUAGCAAGGCCAUCCUCAUCUGCCUCUCCAACCUGAAGGAGCCUGAAAUUGCAAGCUGCAGACAAGAGCUUCUGACAAGCAUGAUGGAGGGUGUGAAAUGCCACUUGGAGAGCAGUCUGCCCCAACUACGGUGUCUGGGCAUGGUGGUGGCAGAGAGCAUCAGCUUGAGCAUAAACACUGAGGGGCCUGUCCUGAAGUUUGAGUAUGAAGAGGAUGCUGAAAUAAGAGAAUUGAAGUCCCUUCUGGUGCAGACUCCAUCAUUCUGUGUUGUCCCCAGCCUUCCAGAUGAUGACAGGGGUGAGAAAGCAGGUGCUGCAAUGCCAUUGGUACCAGAGAGUAAUGAGAAAUCCUGUACAGCAGCCCCGGUGAUUGCAGAUGAGGAGUCGGAUGCUGAACUUGACAGUGAUGAUGACCUCAUCCCUUAUGACAUGUCUGAGGAUAAAGAGCUAAAAAUUAAGGCUCCUAUGUAUAUCCGAGACUGUAUUGAAGUUCUGACUGGAUCAAGAUCUGAAGAUGUGGACAAAUGGGAAGCUACAGUCAAGGCACUUGAGAGCUUGGUUCGGAGGAAUCCAGCAGCAACAAGAGAGGUUAGCAUGGAGCUGGCAAAAAUAUUAUUGCAUCUGGAGGAGAAGACCUGCAUUGAAGGCUUUGUGGAGCUCCGUCAAAGAGCUCAAGUAGCUGUUUUAACCACAGACCCGAUACCUGUUGCAAAGUACUUGACCUCCCAGUUCUACUCUCUGAACUACAGUCUCCGUCAGCGCAUGGACAUCCUUGAUGUAUUGGUUUUGGCAGCUCAGGAGCUGUCCUGUCCCAAAUUCCAUGGGAAGACCAAGCAUUCUGGUGUCCAAAAGCCUUGUAUCCAGCUCCUUCCGGGGAAUGACAGCUCUAAGGGCUGGAGAAGAAUUGUUGAUGAGAGGAUCAAAAGCAAGACUCGGAGAUUUGAUACGGGUCAGUCUCGUGUGGAACUGGCUCCCUGCCCAAACAAGUUCAAUUCUGUUGCUGGGUAUUUCUUUUUCCCAUUGAUUCAGCACUUUGACAGGCCUUUAACAACAUUUGAUCUUCUGGGAGAAGAUCACCUAGUCCUUGGAAGACUGGUUCACACUUUAGCAGUCCUGAUGUACUUGGCUGUCAACACUGUGGCAGUGACAGCAAUGGGAAAGGCACUGCUGGAAUUUGUUUGGGCACUGCGUUUCCACACGGACUCGUAUGUGCGCCAGGGCCUUUUGUCCUGUAUCUCCUCCCUGCUCCUCAGUGUCCCUACGGAACGGAUUCUGGAAGACAUGACAGAAGAACUGUUGGAGACUCAGUCCUGGCUGGGAGAUGUGAUGGAGAAAGACCCUGAUGGGGACUGCAGAAGGCUGGCCCUGCAAAACUUGCUGCUAAUGGAGAACCUGAAAAAGAAACUUGAAGCUGUUCCUUCCUAGCUGAAGGAUAACAGAAAUGACCUUUACCUUGUGCUCUUGCCAGCUGGAUGUGUUUGGGCACUGCUGGGGCCUCCUCAGCAGUCACCUGGCUGGAGGAGAGGAAGAAGGGGGAAGGGUGCUGAGCUGUAAGCCAGCAAGCCUGACUUGACAUCUGGACUUUGUAGUGUAGGCCAAUUGAGUGAGCUCUGGGUAUCCGGUACAGCGUGUACAGAUGCAGGAAGGUAGGCGAGCGCUGCCAUCCUCCCGCACCCCUAGCUCCCACCCCAGCUAUUUAUAACCUUGGCAGGUCUGAGCACUCAGCUAAAAAUACAGGGAAGAUCUCACAGAACCUUCUUGUCAAAAAAAACAGGAGGGCUGGGGAGGGCCACUUGCCACUGUGACCUGCCCCUUACGAAGGCUCACAUGUCCCUGAGCAGCUGGAGUUUGGGGGGGUGAGCUGUUGGUCUCCUGCUGGAAGGGGUGGAAGGAAUGGCCCUGCUGACAGGAUGCAAGCACUGGAUAACUGCACUGAAGUGCUGAAAAUGUGCCAGACUUUAACAGCCUGACCUAGAGCUGGGCUGUGGUAACGAAGGAAUAAGUCAGGGAAUUCUUUUUAUAUAAUCUUAGUACAGAAGUAAGUUUCUACUAAAGAAUAAAUAAUGUUGAGAUUUUGACCUUAAAAUCUCCCCAAACCUUCUUCCCUGAAAGCAAUUUAGAAACUUUAUGUUCCCCCCAAGUUUUGAAGCAAGUCACAAAACAUGAAAAAGAAAAAUCAUUUUAAGUGUAAGGGCUAGUUGGUAAGAAAUGUGAGUGACCUGGUAACUACUCCUUGGCAGGGCUCGGUGACAGGCAGAGAGGUGAGCAGAACCUUGGUUCUUAUGUUGACCUUCACUUCUCUCAGUCCUGCUUGUGCCAGGGAAGAAACUGACCUCCAGAAAUCUGACUAGUACAGAGUGGCUUGAUGUAACUGCAAGAGAAUGAGCUUCAAAGCAAGAAAGAAGCUUCACUCACUCCGUGACCCAACUUGAGCAGAGAUUGGACUAGGGGGCAUCCAGGAUCCCUUCCAACCCAGGCAUUCUGUGACUCUGAGGUUUACCUCAGAUGUCUGUAAGGAGUUGCUCUAGUCCACAUGACACUGAUGUAUUUAAACAGAGAAGCUUUUAUUGGGGAAACUCUGCCUUCAGCCUGCAGGAGUGGGUAGUUUGACUUUUAACCAAGCUCUUACCCAAAUGGCAUGGGGAUUGUUUUCAGAAGGUUUCACUUCUAAGGAAUCACAGAUCUGCAUCUUAGCAGAUCACGGUUGUACUGGAAAGGCAACUCACAGUUUCCACCUCAGUUAUUCAGCUCUUCUAUACUGAGAAAAAGUGAAGUUAGAAUUUGCAGUUCUUACUGGGAUUUUCUGCCUCAAAUUUAUUAAAAUACUAAAACCAGCUUUUUAACAGAAUGUACAUGUGAAUUGCUGUAUGCUGUGCUUGAGAGAACAUAUUAACUCUAAUACUGUUGCUUGUACAGUCAAGCAGGAAAAAUAAAUUUCUUGGUAAUAACCAAAAUUCUGUGGCAACAGUAUGUGACUUAUCUAGGCCCCCUAAUGAGGGUGGAAUAAAUGAGCUGAUAAUAAAGUCUGCUUUGCAUUUGGUAAA